AUAGGUCGUCUGUUUAACAAAGAUGGCAACUUGGUAAAAUGGUGGUCUAACAAGUCUAUUGAAGCUUUCAAGAAGAAAACAAAAUGUUUAAAAGAUCAAUAUUCUAGUUACGAAUUUGAAGGAAAGAAGGUCAGUGUCAGCGGCGAGCGAAAACCUAAACAAGAAAGUGUCCCUUUGUUUUGUUUGUUUUUGUUUGUUUUGUUUUGUUUUUCUUGUUUGCUGUUUGUCUUUUCGGAAAUGAUUAUUUUCCAUAAGGGGUCAUAGCGAAAACGCGCUAGUGUACUUUUUAAUGUUUUUGUUUUUCUAAUUUGUAAUGCAUGGCCCCUGGUCGUUCCCCUAGUGCACGUCUUGUUUACCAGUCACCUUGAACGGUUGUGUUUAGGAACCGUCGAAUCAAAACUUAUUAAAGGAAAGACCAGUCUUUCAUUGAAAAUAUUUUGGUUUCAACAGUAGGAAAGGGGUUAUAUUUAGCCGUCAGACAUCUGGUUGACCGUUGUCUUAUUUCUGUAUGUAUGUGUUUAUUAUUAUUAUUAUUAUUAUUAUUAUUAUUAUUAUUAUUAUUAUUAUUAUUAUUAUCGUUAUCAUCAUCAUUAUUAUCGUUAUCAUUGUCAUCAUUAUUAUCAUUAUCAUUAUCAUUAUUACUAUUUUUUUAUUUAUGUAUAUUUUUGUGUGUGUGCAGAUUAACGGUGAACAGACUCUAGGGGAAAAUAUUGCCGACAAUGGCGGCAUUAAGCAGUCAUUCCAGGUACCUAAAUUUCCUUUAGGAUUAAUUCUUAAAAUAGCUCAAGAUCUUUUUAUACGCAUCCUUAAUGCGAAUUUGAUUCAUGUCGGUCACUCCAUGGCUCCGAAACGCGCACGCUAAGCAAGGAAGCCGCCAUAUAUUUUCCGUUUUUUUCAAGCUUGUUUUUCCAAUACGCUGCGGGUUUUUUUCUUUUCUUUCUUUUUUUUUCCUCAAGAUGGGAAGUUUUAAAAGUUGUCCAUUCUUCUACAAAUGCUGCACUGAAUUCAAUUCUGCCGACUUGUGGCUGUCUGUCUUUCUAAGUUAUUAGAGAGAGAAUACUCUUUUCUUCUAUAAAAAUCUGUUUUAAGAAGAAUAUACUCAAGGCUGAGAGUUUAAAAAGGACUAAAUUUUGUUCGCUGAAAAGCGUAAUUACAGUACCAUUAUAUGUUUUUAACCUGUUUUCCCAGCCUUGAGUUUUCUCUUAAAAUAUUGAAACCCAAUACAUUCUAAAGUGGAAAUGGCAUAAGCUAUCAUUUAUAAGUAAGAAUAAUUCAAGAAUAUUUUCAGCCUAAAACCGAAAGAAAAAUAAGAAUAUGCAGCCUGGGCUGGGAAGAUAACAUUCUUAUAUAAAAAAGGAGUGUAAUGAGUGUAAUGGAACGAAUCCCACUUUACGGACACCAGCUUAAUACCGACGCCAUAUUUGGUGGUUCCUUCAGUGUGUAUGUUCGUAUUAAUGGGGUUCGACCUGAUUUGUCCCCUGCAUGAAAAAAAAGUAAGUUUUAACAGUCGAACCUUCGCAGAUUUGAGAUGGACAUCAUCACUAGCUGCCUUAGACCUAAAAUAAUUAAAACUGGAUGUUUUUACCUUCAGGCCUAUCAGAACUGGAAGAAGAGAAAUGGCGACGAACCUUCUCUUCCAGGAAUGAGAGACUUUAGCAACGAGAAGAUCUUCUUUCUUGGUUUUGCUCAGGUUUGGCAACAAUAUUUUUUUACAACCAUCGCAGUUCAACAAAAUUCUGAAAAAAAAUUUGGUCGCAUCUCCCCACUCGAGUUUUGACACUACUAAAGUCAUUCAAGAAGGUCCAUGCAGCAAUUCGAUACAUAGCUGGUGUUGUGCUCUAGAAGUUUGGUUAACGCCUACGGUUCAUACUGUAAAAUGGAGCAAAGAAGACGUUCAAUACAAUAAUGUUUAUUUCUAUUUAUUAGAUUUUUAUAUACAGUCGAACCCCUGUGUGCAACCACUGCCUGGUAAGGUUAGUUGGGAGAGCAUCGGUCUGCUGAUCGGGAGGUCAUGAGCUCAAAGCCCGGCCGUACCAACACUCACGGUCUUAAUUUAAAGAACUGAGAAGAAAGUGCUGCCUUUGUAAUGACUUCUGUAGUGAAAUCUUUUGAGAUAAGGACGAAAAACCGUUGGUCCCGUCUCACAGCUUUUUCACUUAUCUAGUUCUUGUGGGACGUAAGGGAACCCAGGCCAUUGUUCGAAAAGACUAGGGACGUAGACCCCAUUGGUGUGGCCAACCUUUCCUGAGCCGGGUGGGUUAUCUGCUGGGGGAGAUCUUAAUAUAGGGAUAACCUCAUGAUCCUCCUUCAGGUGUCGUAAUGGCUAUCUGUAAACGUGUAGGUAUGUACCACCUCUCGUAAGCGACUUUCCCAGUCAAAUCACUACGGUUAGAAUCUCUUAAACGAACACCUCUCGUCUUAUUGUUUUCAUCCCCGUGUAAACGACUAGUUAGGGAAUGGUUUGAUUUGAUCUCUAUGUUCGUUGUUUGUACUACUCUUCCAAGAGAACGCGAUGCACUCAGCUGACAACAUGAAAAUGCUCAGAUCGUAUUGUAACUUAGAAAUUGCAUGGUAUGCAAAAUGGGGAUGAUGUGUUUCAGACUGACCUGUUGUAGGAAAGGACAUCCUGCAUAGGGAUCAAUUCUCCUAUAUAAGCGAACACCUCCCGUAAGCCACUUCUAAAUCUUCCCAUUUUGGGUGGUCGUUAAUGGGAGGUUUGACAGUAUUUAUUUAUUUAUUACUUGUUUACUCAUUUAUUUUCUUCCAGAUUUGGUGUAGCAAGUAUCGAAAAGCAGCAGCUAUUAGGCAGAUUGACUAUGGGGUGCACAGUCCUGGAAAAUAUCGGUAAAGGCCUAUCCUGUUAGAUUAGGAAAUCCGAUCAGUCUCUGGCCCAAUAUUAACAUUUCAUAGAAAAUCUAGAGCAAAAAAGGAAACAUCUUCACACAAAAAAAUAAGUAAAUAGAAAGAAAUAACUGACUAUAACAAAUGUAGGAUUUUCAAAUCCCAAAAAAGAAAAUAUUACGGUAAAAAAGCAUUUAUAGGUGCUAUGUUAAUUUUGUUGAUAUUAGCCAGUUAGUCGUCCUUCUUCGCUGUGAAACUUUUCAAAGUACUCUUGAAUGACAAAAUCACAGUUUCGUGUCAAACAAAAUUUCUUUCCAAAAUUAACCUUAAAAAAGGUUAGGCUAUAUAUAUGGCAAGGUUUCAAAAGGCACAAUUGCAAAUACUUUCCAAAUUCAAAUUUGUCCACCCUUGCUUCCUUUUGUAUAUGCUCUGUUAUUUUACACCCUCUUCCCAUGUUUUGAACAGUUAUUUUUAUUUUCAUCUAGUUUGGUGGUGUUUCCCAGUGUUUGAAUACUGAUAAGUUUAGCACACAGCUUCUCCUCCUUUAAAAAGGUUUUAUUUGAAUUGUCACCUCACCUAAUUGUUUUUCACUUAAUUUCUCGAAACCAUAGUUAUUAAAGUGGUAACCCGUUAGGGCCUGUUUACAUGGAGGUGGGGGACCCCAGGUAGGUGAGGUAACCGCUUUGGUGGGUAACCCGCCUAUCCACAUAAUCUCUCAUUUUAACUUGAUCACGUUUACAUGAUAGGUGGGGUGACCUGCCGCAUGUUACCUCACCUAUCUGGGGUCCCCCACCUCCAUGUAAACAGGCCCUUAGACUCCUUUGUUAUAUGUUUUUGCUAGCUUUUUUGGACCUGAAAAUGCACAACGUCCAAUAGACCUUAUUCACGAUACCCUCCAUCUUUGUACGCGCUUAAGGACUGACGGGAUAAAAGCAAUGUCACGUGGUUUCUCAGGGGGCAAACAAGUGAUAAAUUCUGCCAAUGCACAAAAUCGCGGUCAAGUUUAUAAAUUCUAGACAUCAGACAAUUGCAAAUAAGAACGUUUUAUGUGAAAGAUGAUAAUAGCAAAUUAUGGUUUGAAAUUAUCAUUUGCUACGUUUUUAGAUGAAGUAGGUAUAACUUGUGGAAACUCGAACUGUACAUUUUGUACGACUCCUACUUCAUUCUCUCGUUUUGAGAUAAGUAUUGGCAAUUUUGGUCACUUGUUUGCCCCCUGAAAUACCACAUGACAUUGUUUUUAUCCCAUCAAUCCCAAAGGACGUGCACAGAUAGCGGGUCUCGUGAACAAGGUCUAUAGCAUUCCUAUCAUUUUGAACUUACUGCCCAACAGAAAAAUCGCAUUAAUUCAUAAUUCAGUCUCAAUUUAUGAACAAAAAAGCAAAGAAUUGUGCACGGUCAGGGAGCUUCCAACAUAAACUACAACACCGUUUUUUUCAACUUUGAUGUUUGCCGACUUUCAUAACCAGUCUCCUCUACUAACCAUGUUGAAACUAAACACUAAAAAAAAGGCAUCCUUUUAGAUUGUCUAAAGACCUGAAUGAUUUCUAGCUUGGUUGGUGUGACUGUGGCAUUGUUUAUCUUUUCUUUCAGGGUGAUUGGUUCUCUGUCCAACUUUGAUGAAUUCGCCAAAGCUUUUAACUGUAAAAAAGGAUCUCGUAUGAAUCCUGAAAAGAAAUGUUCCGUUUGGUAAUGAACCUUUGAGAGCGUCUGUUUUAGCUUUGACAAAGGAUCUGACGUAAAAGGAAUUGUUCAAACAUAACUUAUAUUAUAGAUCAGUUCUUGCAGGAUAAUUUUAUUCUUUGAUUUUAACGUAACGACGUCAGCAAAACUGAAACUGGAAUUUGGAAAGUAAAUUUGAUUAUCUUUGUGACACAAUGACAUGGGAGGGUAUUCUCUUUAUGAUGGUAUGCGCAAGUCAACGAUUAUAACAUAACAUCACAGGUUAUUUUUAGAUCUCUCUAUAUACCCUUUUUAGCAGAGGGUAAUUACCUGGAAUACUCCGUAAAAUGAAGCAAAACUUGUGGGACUUGUUUAUAUGAUUUGCCGCCGUCUCGCUUUACUUGCAGUUGGCUAUUUUUUNUCGUGAACAAGGUCUAUAGCAUUCCUAUCAUUUUGAACUUACUGCCCAACAGAAAAAUCGCAUUAAUUCAUAAUUCAGUCUCAAUUUAUGAACAAAAAAGCAAAGAAUUGUGCACGGUCAGGGAGCUUCCAACAUAAACUACAACACCGUUUUUUUCAACUUUGAUGUUUGCCGACUUUCAUAACCAGUCUCCUCUACUAACCAUGUUGAAACUAAACACUAAAAAAAAGGCAUCCUUUUAGAUUGUCUAAAGACCUGAAUGAUUUCUAGCUUGGUUGGUGUGACUGUGGCAUUGUUUAUCUUUUCUUUCAGGGUGAUUGGUUCUCUGUCCAACUUUGAUGAAUUCGCCAAAGCUUUUAACUGUAAAAAAGGAUCUCGUAUGAAUCCUGAAAAGAAAUGUUCCGUUUGGUAA